AUGUCUCGACAAGGCGAAGGGAAAAUCGGUGUAGGGGUGCGUGCUACGGAGUCGGUAUCAGGCCAGGGUGGCGCGGCGAACGAUGCGAAGAAGGGUCUGAGUGGAAGUGGGAUUGGGGGCGGAGGGAAAAGCGCGACAGGUCAUUCUGCUGUGACAAUUAAUCGAGUGAAGGGCGGUUCGAACGACGGCGAUGAUGACGACACGGAAGAGGAAGAAGAGGAGGAGGAGGAAGAGGAGGAGGAAGAGGAGGAGGAAGAGGAAGAGGAGGAGGAGGAAGAAGAAGAAGAGGAGGAGGAAGAGGAAGAGGAGGAAGAAGAAGAGGAGGAAGAAGAAGAAGAGGAGGAGGAGGAAGAGGAGGAAGAGGAGGAGGAAGAGGAGGAAGAGGAGGAAGAAAAAGAGGAGGAAACGAAAGCGAAGGUUUUCAGAGCGCAAUCAAACAUCAAGAGAACAAUGGGGGGCAUCGGGGGAAGGUCUAUGAUUGUAAAGCGGGAGCCGUUCCGCGAGCGGGUAAGCUCUGUCAGCGGCGCUGCCAGCGAGCCGACCUCCCCCAGUGGUGCGCAGGGAACAGCGGGGAAGCGGAAAGAGGGCGCUAAAGAGCGCAAACGGAGCAAGCGUAGGCGGCAGGGAGUGGACGCCUGGCAGCUCGCGUAUUUCGCGGCAGUUGCGCGGCGCCAGGCCGUGUCGCUGCGGGAGGAGUCGGAGCGGGUGUGGGUGGAAGCGGAUCGCGUGCUGCGGCAAACCAGGCGGCUCGGCGAAACCGCGGCGGCGGCUUUGGAUGCGACGGCAGCCGCCAUAGACGGGAUGGCGCAGGUUGGUCGAGACGGCGGCGGGGAAAAGGGCGCAACGGGAAGCUUGCGGAACAGAAGCGGGAAGGGCGCAAACGGCAGUGGUGCGCGCCCGGGGGGCAAUGACGGCGGGCUGAGCCUUCUGGGCGGAUCGGCGUUCCGCGUGACGCGCAUGGUGACGAAGAGCCGUGGGGAGCGGGAGAGGUUCGCGGAAAGCGAUACCAGCAGCAGCAGCAGCGACUCCGAUAGCGAUGCGCUUCCCCCGCUAAAACUCCCCGACUCCGGGGAUGACGGCGGAGGCGGGGACGCGCCAGCCGGCGGAGUCAAGCGACUGGGGCUCGGCGCGCUUGCAAAAUCCGUGAUGAAGCUGCACGGGGUCAAGGGGCGCAGGUCGUUGGUGGCGGAGAGGGGGGCGGAAGGGGGGGGCGCGUCUGUAGUGCGGAAGGGGAGUGGAGUCGAGGCGGUGAGCAGCGGGGGGAGUCGGAAGAGUGCGAAGGCGGAUAGGGAGAGCGAGCAAGAGGAGCAAGAAGAAGAAGAGGAAGAGGAAGAAGAGGAGGAAGAGGAGGAGGAAAGAAAGGAGGGUGGUGGCGAAGGGAAGGAGGAGAGUAAUGCACUAUGGGACGAGGAGGAAGUGAUAGCAGCGAUUUUGGCGGCAGCUACGGCGUCGGACCGCGGGCUAGACGAGGGGCUCGCGCUCUGGGACGUGGAUUCCGCCUCGAGUGGCGGCGCGAAGACCGCCAAGAAGCGCUUUAAGCGCGCCGCGAUGCUCUCGAUGUUCGCGUCCACAUUCGUGCGCGCGGUGGGCUCGCGCGGCGUCGAUGUCGCGAACACUCCGCUUGCUGUCGCCACGCCUGCGGCCGGCGCGCGCGGGCUGUGGGGCCGCGCGGUAGGCACAGUGUCGACGGGGGGGUUCGCCGCCGCAACCCCUUCCGCCGUUCCUUCCGGUACCCUUUCCCGAUUUUCCUCCGCCGAUUCCGCGGGACCUCCGCAAAGUAAUAACGGGCAAGGGGCUGCGCGCGACUUGUGGGGCCGCGCAGUCGGCGCGGUGAAAGCGCAAGAUUUCGCCGCGCCUACGCCCGGUCCUUCACAACCAGGCGGAGCGCGCGAGUUAUGGGGCCGUGCGUUCGGCGCCGCGACAAAUCUGGAGCCUCCACCGCCGCUGCUCAUACCUCCGCGGGGCCUUUCCCCCGCGGAGCUCGCCGCGGUCGCGGCUGCGGGUACACCGCUUCCGCCCCCAAGCCAUGCAGCGGGGGGCAAUGCGCGCGCCUUGUGGGGCCGCGCGCUGGGUGUGGUGACCGAGCAGGGUUUUCCGCUCCAAACGCCGGCCGCGUCCAGUUCCGCGGGGCCAUCUGCGGCGGAAGCAGGCCCGCGCGCGCUAUGGGGCCGCGCGGUGGCCGCAGCGACGGGGAAUGAGCCGCGGGACGAGGGGGCGCGCGGAGGGUGGAGUGAGCGGAAGCAGCGGGCGCGCGGGCGGCGGUCGUCGUUACCGUCAGAAGAGGAGCUGGGCAAGAUCGCGGAUAUGGCGUGCGCGGUGCAGGAGGAGACACGUCAGCAGCUCGAGUCCGCGCAGCGCCUUAACAUGUUCCUGGCGCAUGAAAGCGCACUGGCGCAAGGGCACGUGUACGGAUAUGGCGGGUAUCCGCACGCAUACCCGCACGCGCACGCGCACCAGUCCCCGCUCCUUUCCUCAUUCGCGCAUUCUGGCUCCUUUUCCGCCUUCCCCAUGCACGCCGCGGACAAAUCCUCCUUUUCCGCGGCCACCCCAAACGCCAAAAGCUCUUCCCCCGCCGGUUUACCGGCGCACUUGCAGCAGCAGCAGACAGGGGGAGCUUCCCCGGGGGGACGCCCGCUGGAGCGCGCGUGGGGCAUGAAGAACGCGGAUCAGGCGGUGGGGGGAAGGAUGGCUGGCGCGCGCGGGGAGAAUGGGGGAAGGGGGAAUGGUGUAUGGGGAGCGGAUGCACAGAUGGCAAGGAGAGAGGGGCGCGGGAAGGGCAGCGGGCGCAGUGAGAACAGAGGAGGGGCAGGGGACAGCAUGGGGGACACGGAUGAGGAGCAGGAGGAGCUGGAGAGGGAGUGGAAGAGAGAGAGGGAGAGGGGGAGGGAGAAGGACUCAGGAGUAGGGGAGAGAGGGAGCGAAGGGUCCCGGAGGUCUCAGAAGCACGCGCGCAGGGGCAGAGGGGGAGGGCAUGGCAGCGGCAGCGGCAGUGACAGCGGCAGCGACGGGGGGGAAUCAACAGGGCGGUCGGGCGAGCGGGAGUAUGGCAUGGGGGGGGAAAGGGAGGAGAGCCCCCGGGGGAAAACGGCAGCGCGGAGGCGGAGUGGGUCUGCAGCGAGCGGGGUGCGGAUGGUGCUUGCUGUGAAGCAGAUGGUGGGGAGGGAGGGCGGCGGCGGGGGGAAGGAAUCGGAAUCAGAGUAUGAUACAGAGGCGGAGGAGCACAAGGCGCAGAAGGAGAAGGAGCGCGAGUGGCUGCAGGAGAAGAGCCGCGAGGUGGAGGCAGCAGGGGAUACGGAGGGGGAGGAGAAGGAGAGAGCGAGGGAGAGGGCGCGGCAGCUGGUGCGGCGGCCAGAGCUGAAGCGCAGCUCGUGGAAGGACUACGAAGGGCACGCGCAGGGGAGGGACGGGGGCAGCUGGGAGGACGCUGCACAGGGUUUUGCAGAGAAAGGGGAUGAUCGUGGGGGAGGAGAGGGGGUGAGAGACAACAUGUUACUGGACAGUAUGACUCUGAACGCCCCACCAGCAUCCAAAGACCCAAAGCACCCACGCGCUCCCAACGCCCUCGUCCAACCCACGGGUUCCGCUCCCCCUUCUUCCUCCAACCCCCCUCCUGCACCACCGGUCAAGCCUGGCAUGAUAGGCAAGCCGGGGUUGGGCGCUCCAUUGGCGUCCGCUAGUGGGGGAGGCUUGCUCAACUCGCAUAGCUCAGGUGACUGGUCCUCCACUCUCCCUGAUGGUGCUGCUGGUUCUGGCCUUGCCAGUGGCAAGAGCAGUGGUAUUGCAGCUGCAGGUGCCAGUGCCGUCUCCUCCUCUGCCACGUCAGCCGGAGCCACGUCAGCAGGGACCAUGCCACCCCUGCGCAGGUCGCAGACGGCAGGAGGGCAGGAGGUGGGGCGGGCCCUCGCAAUCUAUCAAGAGCCAUGUCCCUGGGCCGCCAUGCCAUGCCCCAAGCCACCUUCCGCCCCCGCCUUCCCCCCGGGCUCGAUCGCCCCCCGGGGAAUGGCAGCAGGAGGGGCAGCAGCGGGUGGUGCAGGAGGAGGGGGUGUGCAGCGGCAGGUGGGGCAUGGAGAGGGGUCGUUGGAGGAGGGUGACGAUGGCGGGCUGGCCAUGGUGAGAGGAGGAAGCGAGAGGCCGAGAGCAAGCGGAGGGGUGGCUGGGAUGGAGGGUGGAGACGACUCAGUGCAGCUGGUGCGGAGCAUGAGUGUGGAUCCACGAGGUAAGGCUGGUGGUAAGGGCGGAGCGGGGGAGGGAGGCCAUGGCAGUGGGCGAAUGGCACUUCCGGAACUACCGCCGCUAGGCCAUGAGAGCCUCCACGUGUCGCUCUAUCAGGACACGGGGCGUCUUCAGAGCCAGACGAGCCGCGUCGGCGUGAAGAACGGCGCGUGUCAGUGGGCGGACACGCUGACGGAGGUGGUGAAGCUCACGCGCGCCAAGGGCAGCAAGGCGUUCGACGACAAACACUACCGCCUUGUCGUUGCCUCGUCGGUCGACGGUGCGGCACCGCGCUCGCCGCUCUCCCUAUCCUUCACGCGGCACCGGCCGUACGACACGGAGAGCGACGACGAGCGCGGGGACGAGCGCGACAGUAGGGGCGCGGCGGACGAGGAGAGCGAGGCGGAGGAGCGCAUGUACGCAGCGGCGGGUGCCGGGGGAGGGCGGUCGCGGUCGGCGCGGUACAGCAGCAGUGCGGCGUCGGAGCCCGCGGACUCUCUGCCCGGCACUCCCCUCGCCAAGCCCGCCGUGGCGACCGCUGCUCCGCUUGCCAAGUUGCAGCUCUUCACAGGCUCGGCGCGCUCCUUGACCGCGCCAUCCACGCCUCCUCGCUCGCUACACUCCCCGCGAACCCCGCCAACUCUCGCGCAGGUAUCUUCUGGCCCUUCCGCGCCUGAUUUUUCUCUCUCCCCGCCGCCCGCCCUCCGCGCGCACCAUCUGCCUCCGCGCAAGGACGACUCCGAUUACGCGCGGAACAGCGACCGCGAGUUCAGUGAUGCGCCAUCAGCCCUCCCGCCGCCGGCAGGCGCAAUGCGCAGCCUCAGCAGCCCUCGCGCCUCGCCACUUCAUUCUUCGGCGUCUGACGUGUCUCUGCCUCUCGACCCCCCGCCGUUCCUUCAUCCCACCCGCGCCUCGUCCCGCCCAAGCUCCCCCUUGCGCGCAGCAGGCAAUGCGCGCAUGAGCGGAGCCGGCGGACUCGGCUGGCGGGGAGAGGGUGUGGGCGUGGGCGGAGUUGCUGAAAGCGUGGGGGGCGGGAGUGUAAGUGGAAGCAGCAGCGCGGGGGGAUGGAGCAUAGCGCGCGGAAGCAGCACGAGCGCGUCCAUAAGCCGCAGCAGCAGCUGCGCAAGCAGCCACGGCGGGUGGUCCGCCAUCGGCUCGUUCCGCGGAGCGCAAUCGCCCGUCAGUCGGAGAACCCUGCUGCUGGAUCUUCAGCAGCAGCAGCAGCAGGCGGGGGGCAUGGGAUCAGAGGUGAAAACGACACUGGCGCAAGCGGAGCGGAAAGUGGGCGCAAGUGGCCAGGAUGCUCCCGCGCAACCUCCUGCGCGGGUGCUGGUGGCGCAGGAUAGGGCGCGGGCGAGUGGCUACGGUCAAGCGGAGUCCGCGGGUAGAUCGGCGGGCAGUUCCGCCACGCACGCGGGGGAAGCGGAUGAGCUGCGGGGAGCAGAGGCCAGAGCACGAAUCAGCAGGAGCAGAAGCGUGAGCGGGGGGGGUGAAGGGGGAAACGACGCGCUGGUGGCAGCGGAGGGCGCGGCUGCGCGUGAUGCGGAGGAAUCGCGCGUUCCGGGGUGGCAGGUGGAGCGGCUGCGGGCGCAGGUUGCGCGCGCAAGGGCGCAGCAGACGAAGGUGGAAGAGGAGCGCGACCGACUGGCGGAAGAGUUGCGCCGGGCGCAGAGCGCAGGCGAAAGCGGAGGAGCUGGAAGCGGAGGAGCGGGGACCGGCACGCUGGGCGCGCUCGGGGCAACGACUAGUAGCAGUAGCAAUGGCAGCGGGAGCGGGCUGUGGGGGAGCGGGUGGGAAGCGAGCGGGGGGGAGGGGAGCGGGGGGGAAGGCACACAGAGCUCGACGGACGGCGGAGAGAGCAGCGGGCGGGAGGCGAUGGAGGAGGCAUCGCGGUUGCGGGGCGAGGUGUCGCGCGCGCCGGACGAAGCGUCACGCGCGCGGGAGGAGGCGUCGCGCGCGCGCGAGGAGGUGCGGUACUACAAGGACGUGAGCGCGCGCCUGACGGCUCAAGUGGACUUGCUGCGGACCACCAACGACUCGCUCGCGCAAGAAGCGCGCCAAGCCGCGGAAGACGCCAGCAAGGCGCGCCGCGAAGCGCAGGAGCUGGCGGCGACUGGGAGGGAGCGCGAGCGCGCGCUGCGCCGAAUGGAUGGGGCCGCGGAAGAGAAGGAGCGCGCGUGGCGGGAUCGCCUGCAGCGCCUUGUGGAGGAGCGCGGAGAUCUCGAGGCUAAGCUCCGGCGCGCGGAGGCGGAGCGGGAGGAGGCGGAAGAGCAACUGCGCGCACACAGCGAUUCCCGAAGAGGCGGGAACGGGGAAAGCGCAGGCGGGGGGAGCGCGGAGGAGUUGCGGGAGUUGCGCGCGCGGGUGGAGGAGGGGGAGCGCGAGGUGGAGGAGCUGACGCAGGAGAGCCUGCAGCUUGCCGCGGGGCUGAGCGCCGCGCGGAGAGACGUGGCGGAGCGGGAGGCGCGGAUCAAGGAGCUCCAGGUGCAGGUUAGCGUGCUGCAGCGGUGGGAGAAGCGCGAGGAGCGGCGGGGUAAGGGCGGAGACGACUGGGGGAUGCGGCGGAGAGAGGAGGGCGGAGUGGAUGAGAGCGGGGAAGGCGCGGAGCAGGUGGAGCAGUUGCAGCAGCAGCUGCGGCGGCAGGAGGAGCAGGCGCAAGAGGCGGAAGCGCAGGCGCGGCGACUGGAGGAGCAGUGCGCGGAGCUGGAAGAGGCAGCGCAGCGCGGCAGAGAGCGGGCGGAGGAGGCGGAGAAACGCGCGGAGCAGUUGGCGCAGCAGGUGGCGGACGCGGAGAGGGCCGCGCGCGAAGCUGAGGAGGCGCAGAGGCGCGCGGAGGGGCAGGCGCGACUGGCGGAGAUGAGCGCGGAGAGGCUAGGCAACCGCGUCCGCGCGCUGACGCCCUUAGAAGCGCGCGUGGGGGAGCUGGAAGAGGAGCUGCGCGUGGGGACGGAGCGCGUGCGCGUGCAGGAGCGGGUCAAGGCGGAGGCGGAGGCGCGCGCGCGACAGCAGGCGGCGCUGCUGGCGGAGGUGCGGGAGGAGCUGGAGGCGGAGGUGCGGCGGUUGGGGAACCAGGUGGAGGGGCUGCAGCAGCGGUGCAGAGCGGUGCAGGGGGAGAAAGAGAGUCUGGAAGCGGAGAGAGACAGAUUGGAAGGGGAGGUGAAGCAGGCGCGCGCAGCAGCGCUGGCGGAAGCAGGCAAGGCGGAAGCGGAGGCGAAGCGCGCAUGGGGGGAGGUAGAAUCGAUGAGGCGGGCGGUUGAGUCUCUGGAGAGGGGGAAGCGGGAGGCGGAAGCAGAGGCGAAGGGCGCGCGGGAUGCGCGGAAGGCGGCGGACGUGAGAGUAGAAGAGCUGUCAGUGCAGCUGGCGUCGCUGCGGGAAGUGCUGCAGGAGCAGGCGGAGCGGGCGGAGGGCGCGGAGGCGGGGCGGAAGGCGCAGCAGGCGCAGGCAGAGGCGGAGGCGGAGAGGGGCAAGGCGGAGAGGCUGCAGCAGGAGGUCCAGGGGCUGGCGGGGGAGGUGGCGCGGUUACAGGGGGAGGCGGAGCAGGCGCGGAGGGAGCAGGAGGAACAGUGCGCGGAGCAGCAGCGGGUGGUGGAGGGGAGGGAGAGGCAGCGGAGGGAGGCGGAAGGCAGGGCAGCGCGCUUAGAAGAAGCGCUAAGGACGGUGGAAGAGGAGCUAGCGCACAGCCUGGCGCAGAGGCGCCACGUGCAGGAGAGAGAGGUCCAGCUGGAGGCUGAGGUGGCAGCGCUGACUGGGAAUGCCGCCAGGCUGGCGGCGGCUGUGCGGGCAGCGGAGGAGAGGGCGGCGGAGGCGGAGGAGGAGGUGGGGAGGAUGAGGGAGAGCGUGGAGAGGGCGAGGGGGGAGAAGAGGGAGGUGGAGGAGCGGAUGGAUGAGGUGGAGGCGGAGAGGAGGCGGCUGGAGGGAGAGGUGGAGCGGGUGAGGGGGAGUGCACGAGGGGAAGGUAAGGCGGAGCGGGAGACGGCAGGGAGUGGGGUGGAGCAGGAGCUGUGGGCACGGCUGGAUGUGCUGCUGGGUGAGAAGGAGGAGGCAGUGCAGCGUGCCAUACGCGUGGAGGAGGGGUUCCGACGUGAGAGGGCUGCUUGGGAGGCCGAGAGGGAAGAGGUGAGGGGCGAGGCGGAGAGGAUGAGAGGAGAGGUGGAGAGAGCGAGGGCGGAGGCGGAGCGGGCGAAGAGAGAGGUGGAGAGGGUUGAAGGGGAGCUGAGUAAGGUGAGGGUGGGUGCUGGUGGUGCUGCUGGUGCAGUGGGAGGGGAGGGGGGUGGUGGUGGGGGAGAGAAGGCGGUGGGAGAAGGGCCAGCGAGGAGGCUGAUGAGUCAGAUGCAGCGGUGGAGCUGGGUUAGUACCGGUGCUGCCACUGCUGCUGCCACUAGUGUGGCGACAGGGACCAGCACUGGUGAUGGCAGCACAGCUGACAAGGCAGGCAGGGGUGACACAGAGACUGACAACCAGCAGCAGCAGCAGCAGCAGGAAAAGAGGGCGGAUUCGAAAGAGGGAGGCUCGGAUGGUAGCAGCAGCAGUGUGUGGGAGGAGAAGGUGCAGAGGCUGCAAGCAGAGGUGGAGCGGUUGAAGGCAGAGGUGCAGGCAGAGCGCGAGUCAAGGCGAGCCAGCGAGCAGAGGAGUGAGGAGUACACGAGACGUGUGAGGGAGCUAGAGUCCCAGCUGCAGUCCGCCAGGCGGCAAGCAGCCGAGGCGGAGAGGAGGGCAGAGAGGCACGCAGAGGAGAUCCCAGUGCUGCGAGCAGAGCAGGCGGCGCUGCGGCGACAGGUGGAGGAGGCAAGGAAGCAAGCAGCAGGCGUGGAGAAGGCGCGACUGGAGCUGGAAACAGAGCAGCGGAGGCUCGCGCAGCAGCAGCAGCAGCAGGGCGCGGGCGCAGGCGGAGACAAGAAGAAAGAGUUUGAGAAGCUGCGAGGGGAGUUGAUUAAGGAGAGGUUGGAGAAGCAGGUGGUGGAGGAGCGGAGGGUGUUGCUGGCGGGGCGGCUGGUAGCCAUGGAGGCUGAGCUGGCAGGCUUGGAGGAGGUUCGGCAGAGGAAUGCGAAGCUGGAGGCAGAUGCGGAGACGAUGAGGGUUGCUGCGGAGCAGCUGCAGGCUGCUGUGAAGGCCAUGGAGGAAAAAAUGGCUGCUGCCCAUGGGAAGGAGGGAGUGGGGGAUGGGGGAGCAGGUGGAGUGGUGGUGGGGCAGGUUGGGGUUGUGGUGGGUGAUGGUGUGGCGUUGAGAGGGAGCGUGGUGGUUGUGGGUGAGGGGGAUGUGGGAGGGAGUGUGGGUGGUGGGGAGGAGAUGAAAGGGGGUGACGAGGGGUCUGCAUACAGUGUAGGAGGAGCAGGAGCAGGAGCAGCAGCAGGAGCAGGAGGGGCAGGAGGGGCAGGAGGGGCAGGUGCAGCGGGAGGAGGGGGGGCAGAGAAGGAGUCAGGGCCUCAAGACGUGGACUUUUGGAAGAGCUACGGGCUGCCCCAUGGGCGAGUGCCCCAAGGAGGCCGGCUGAGGGAAGAGCGCGUGGCACGGGGUGGCGGAGGUGGUGGUGGGGGCGGAGGUGGAGCAGGUGGUGCGGGAGGAGGGGGAGGUGGAGGAGGAGCAGGGACAGGGACACGAGGCAAGGCAGCGUCAACACAGCCCUUUAGAACCCAGCAGCAGCAGCAUGCACAGGUGCAGGCACAGCAGCGGGUGCGGGCAUCGAGUCCUGUGGUAGGACGGGCAGGCAGUGGGGCGGGCAGUGGAGGGGCAGGCCGAAUGGGUGGCGGCAUGAGUGGGGAGAGUGCGAGGAGGGGCGUGAGUCCCCUGCGAGGGGCCAGCCAGGCUCGCUCUUCCAGUCCUGUGCGCGCUGCAAGCCCUGCUCGCACUGCCAGGCAGCCUGCAGCAGGAACGGGAGCAGGAGCAGGUUUGGCGUUUGGCAGUGCGACUACACGCCAUGCGUCACCUGCACGCACAGCCAGACAGCAGCAGCAGCAGCAGCAGCAGAGUGGUGGGGUGGUGGCAGGAAUGGGGGUGGGAGCAGCGGCGAGGAUAGCAGCAGGCAGGGCGAGUGGAGGCAGUGGGGCAGGGCAUGCAGGAGGGACAGGCAACAGUGCGGGUAACCGGCAUGUGGCCGUGAUGGGUGGUGCGUCUCUCUCUCACAGCACCGUCAGCAGCGCCGGCGGCGGUGGCGCCAGCAGAAGUGCUGUUGCAAGCAGCGGCUUGUAUGGGAGCCGAGGGGGAGGGGCUGCUGUGGUUGCAGCAGCAAUGAGGCGGAGCAGUGAACGCAGCAGCAGCAACCAUGCCGUGGCGGCAACACACGCAGAGGGCAGCAGCAGCAGCAGCAGCAGCGGGCAUCAUGGCAGUGUGACUGCGAGUGGCGGCGGCAUUGGCAGCGGCACAGUGACUGCUAGCCUGCUGGGCUGCAUGGCGGCAUCAAGCCUGCUGGAUGAGGGCGCAACGAAUCCGCUCUUUGGAGAUGAUGAUGACGAAGAGCGUCUAACUGUGUUUGCAACACAACCCGCGUUCCCUCUCUACGAUGCCAUGUCGCCGACCCCGAUCCACCGAUCACCGUCCGCCACCCACGCUCUUCCUAAUCACCGCGCGCACGAUUACCGCGCGCACUUAUCCUGUUCGUCGCCGAGUCUCGCAGCAGCUGCUGUCGAGGCGGCGGCAUCUGCGGCGGCAGCCAGCGGCAUAGGAGCUAGCCGAGUGUUGCACGAGCGGUUGUGCCUUCGCAUAGAUGUCGCUAACCAAUCGCUCGCAGGUUUCGCGGAACUGCAUGUUUCCUUGCCGUCCGCCAAACUUCCGCUCGUUCCGCCCGCGGAUCGUGCUCCGCCGCCCCGCGAUCCUUCCGCUGCGCCGGAGUCUCCUUCUAGGUCGCAGGCGGCUUCCGCUCCCCCGCUGCCAGGCGCUUCCGGUUCCGUUGGCGUUGCGCGGACUCGUUCAUUGGACGAGUGCGUUGCGCGCGACGUUGGGGGAGUGCGUGCGGGGGCGCAUGCGCAGGAAGGUGGGGGGGCCGGCGAGAACGCGGGGGAUCUGGGCCCCGCGCUGUGUUUCCACGCGCGCGGAUUACACAUCCGCCACGUGGCAGUUGAUGGCGUGCCCGCGCCGUUCUAUCUCCUCCGCCCGGCCCUCCCGCGAUCUAAGCGGGGGGGGCGCGACGAGGGCGGGGCGGAAAGGCAAGGGGGAAAGCGCAGAUCUUCGGGGGUUAAACGAGCGGAACGGCAACGGGCGGAGAAGGCCGGGGAGAGAAGGCUAGAGCCAGAUGUUGAUAUCGAGUUAUCUAGUGGCGGGAGCGACGGUGACGGUGGUGGCAGCGACGCGGAGAGGGCGGUAUCAGGAGCAGGUGCGCGGGCUGCAUCAGGUUCCGCAGUCAAGGAGACAAAGCGGGCGCGCGGAAAACGUCCGCGCAGGGGCGCAGGCGCAGGCGGGGCGGAGCGGGAAGCGCAGGCGCGGAGGGUGGACGGAGUGGGAGCAGCGCGCAUGGGGAUGGGGGAGGGGUGGGAUGGGACGGUGGAGGGCGCAGCGGAGAGCGGAUACGCGCAGUACCUGCGGCUCGUGCACGAGGAACGCGUGCCUGAGCUAGUCGUGUGGCUGCCACGUGCUGUGACAAUAGCACUACAGGCGCAGGCGCAGGCGCAGGCGCAAGCGCAAGCGCAGGCAAACGCGCGGGGAGCGGCAGGAGUUGCAGCAGCAAGCAGUGCGGGUGGGGCAACUAGCACUGGGGGCGCGCCUGCAGCAGACAGCAAGGAGAAGGAUAAGGAGCGAGAGAGGGAGAAGGAGAAAGAGAAAGAAAAGGAGAAGGAGAAGGAGAAGGAGAGAGAGAGAGAGGGAGCAGGGGCAGGAGAGGGCGAGGGCGGGGAAGCAGGAGCGGAGGUGGUGGUGAGAGUGAGAGUGGACUACGAGUUAGCGCCGCAGCAGGCGGACACCACACCCCUCACUCCCUUCAGCACCACCACAACCACCAGGAGCAGCAGCGGCGGCAGCAGCAGCGGCGUCGGCAGUGGGGGUUGGGGGAGUGGCGGAGUGCACUUCGCAGGGGGGUGUAUGCACACGGUGCUGGGGGUGCCGCGCAGGGCGCGCUGCUGGAUGCCGUGCGUUGACUCCCCCCGCCACCGCUGCUCCUUCCUCCUCUCCCUCUCCGUGCCCCAGCCUCUCCGUGCCGUCGCCCCCGGCACGCUUGUCUCGCUCUCCCCUGAGGGCGGGGAGACUGGCGGGGAAGCGGGGGGUUGCGGAUUGUGCGGCCGUGUGGGGGGGAGAGGGGAGGGUAUGGGGAACGGGGCAGGGGAAGGGGGUGAGGAGGGCAAGGGGGAACGCGAGGGUGGGAAGAUAUGCGCUGCUUGUGGAUCCUCAUCAACACCCCCCCCCACCACCCUCAACACACACCCUGUCCCCGCACACACCCCCAUUCCGCUCCCCACCGCACACCCGCCCCCCUCCUCCCCGCCACUCCACACCUUCACCUACCAGAUGCCUGUACCAAUAGCAGCGCACCAGGUGGCAAUCGCUGUGGGUCCGUUCGUGGAGCUGCGGGAUCCGCGCUGCCCCGCGCUGUCCCACUGCUGCAUGCAGCCCGUGCUGGCGUCUGGUGCUCUCGCACGCACCACCGCCACUAUCGACGCGGCGUUCCGAGUGUUUGAGGACUACAUGGGCUCGCCUUUUCCCUUCCCCUCGCACCGCCUGCUCUUCCUGCCAGAGGCCCACGGCGAACCCGACCCUGCUGCACCACAGCCGUUUGCAGCGCCCUUUGCACUGCACCCAUCGGAGCUCGUGUCUCUUGACGCAGCAGCGAAGCGACUGAGAGCGAGCAAGGCAGUGGCAGUUGUUGACAUGCUGGCAAGGCAAAUGGGUGCUGAUGCCUUCCGGAAGCUCCUGCAGAGGCUCAUGCUCCGCUCGCAGGCCACCUCCCGGCGGCUUCGCUCGCUAAGCACCGCGCAGUUCCGGCACUUAGCUAACAAAGUUGGGAACUUGGAGAAGCCGUUUUUGAAGGAUUUUUUCCCGCGCUGGUUGCACUCUCCGGGGUGCCCCCGGCUGUCGCUGGCGUUUGCGUACGUGCGGCGGCGGAAUGUGAUCGAGCUAGCUGCUAGGAGAGAAGCCACGGCACGCCCUGAUCUCACUGCUCUCUCCUCCUCCCCUGACGCCCCUCCCCUGCCCCCCUCCGCUGCCGCUGCCGCCGCCGCUGGUGGCGUUGGGAGGGACGGGGGGCCAGGCGGGGAGGGUGGGGGGAUGGGCGCUGGAGGGGAGUUUGGAGGUCUGGUGGACGAGUUGGGAUGGGCGGGCAUGGUAAGCAUAAGAGUGCAGGAGCCAGAGGGGCGUUUUGACCACCCGUGCCUGCCGCUGGGCGGCGACAGCUGUCUGCUUCUGGAGCUGCCGUGCCACUCGAAGCUGGCGCUGCGGCGCGUGGCGCAGGCAGGGAAGAAAGGAGCCGGGGGAGGCGCAGGGGGGGCGCCGGGGGCAGGGGAAGAGGAGGCAGGCGCAGGGGCAGACGCGGCAGCAGCAGGAGGGGCAGGAGGUGGUGUAGGUGCAGGUGGGGAGGGGAAGGGCGGGGGAGGAGACAUGCCGGUGCUGUGGAUGAGGGCGGAUCCGGACAGGGAGUAUCUAGCCCACAUGCGCCUCUCCCAACCCGUCCCCAUGUGGACCGCCAUGCUGGCUCGCGACCGAGACGUGACGGCACAGAGCGCAGCGGUGGCAGCGCUGCAGCAGGUGGGGGAUGCGGCAGCAGCGAGUGCGCUCUUUGCGUGUCUCUGUGAUGCUUCUGUGUUCUGCCGUGUGCGUGCUGAUGCAGCACUGGCCCUCGCGCAUUGCUGCACUGCCGCCUCCUUCACGCCGUCGUCCCCGUCGCCGUCUCUCCCCGCCGCUGCUGCCAACCCCACGGACUUAUCCCCUUCUCUGCCACACACCCCCCCUGGCACUGCCGCUACCACCACCACCACCACCACGACUACUAUCACCAUCGGGAGUGGUGGGGGGACCGGCGGCGGUGGGGGUAGCAGCGGCAGCGGCAGCAGCAGCAGUGCGCUACCAGGGUUGGAACUCCUGCUACGUUUCUACAAGGACCGAUUCUUCGACCCGCUCACAGGCCUCCCCCGCUGCAACGACUUCACCGACUGGGCGGAGUACUUUGUCCAGAUCUGCAUCCCGGCAGCAGUGGCCUCAGUGAGGGAUGCGCGGGGGUGCUCCCCCGUGGCAGCGGUGUCGUUCCUGCUCUCGCUGCUCCUGCACAAUGACAACUCGCGCAACGCGUGGGAUGACUCGCACUUCCUCUCUGCGGUCAUCUCUGCCAUUGCGUCGCUAAAACUCUCGCCUGACCACUUCCUUUGCAGAUCUGCCACCGGCAGUGCUGCCGCCGCUGGCGCUCCCCACAUGGUACAGGCACAGGCACAGGCACAGGCACAGGCACAGGCACAGGUGGCGCUACAAGGGGAGUGGCGCGCAGCAGGCAUGAGCGUCAGUCCCGUGCUGGCUGCCCGAGUGGUGCAGCAGCUGCAGCGCUACCUCUCCUUUGACCGCAUUCUCCCCUCCUCCCUCCGCCGCGUGUCUGCCUCGUGCCUGCACGCGCUCACGCACCUCUCGCUCUCUCUGCCCCCGUCCGCCUGCGACCUCCCUGCGCUGCGCUCGCUGUUGCUCAUCUCCCUAGACCCGCUCCUGCGCCUGCUGCUGCAUGUGACUGUGGGCUCCCAUGCCGACCCGUCUCUCCGCGUGCGAGUGAAGCUGCUCACCCACUCCUCCCCCUCCAUCCGCCACCUCUGUGCUCUCCUCGGCGCUCCCUCUGUCGCCCUGCCGUCCCUGUCCCACCCUGCGUCUGCUGGGCCUGCGGGUGGGAGGAGCAGGGAGGGCAGUCGGAGGAGAAGCGGAGGGGGGACGCCGUGCGCUGGCGCUGCUAGGCGGCCGGAGGGGGUGUCUCUUACUGUGCGCCUCCCCCGCCCUGCUCCCCCUCCUCCUCCCCCUCCCCCCCGCCUGGAGCCCAUCCGCCUGAGGCUCACCCCGGGGGGAGGGGCGGGGGGAAGCACCACCAGCACGGGCAGCGUGGGGGCAAAGGGCGGAGCAGGGAGCGUGGGGGGAGCAGGGGGAGGGGAAGCGGGGGAAGCAGGGGCGGCGGGUGUGGUGGGUGUGGUGGGUGCUGUUGGUGGUGUGGGUGGUGGUGGGGAGGCAGGAGGAGGAGGGUCACGGGGAGGGGUGGAGGAGGGGAGGGUGGGGAAAGUGAAACUGAGGUUCAAAGCGGCUGCAUCCCCCUCCUCUGCUGCCAGUGCGGAAGCAGGUAGCAGUGGUGCGAUGGCAGGGGCAGGGGGGGAGGCGGGGCAUGCUCAAGGGGAGGUGGGGCGGGGGGGAGGCGUAUCAGGGCUUGGGGCAGGGGCAGGGGAUGGGGGGGGGAUGCCAGGGGCGGUUAGGGGGAGGGGGGGGAAGACAAGGGGGAGUGAGCGGAGCAGUGAGAGUUAUGGAGGGGGGAUGGGGGAGAGGAGUGUGGGAGGGGGAGGGGGAGAGGAAGGCGGAGGGGGAGGGGGAGGGGGAACAGGAGCGGGAUUGGGGAAAGGCAGUGGGGAGGCGAGUGCGGGGAGCCAUGGUGUGGAGGGGAGGAGCGGGAGUGUGGGGGGGCGGAUGAGUGCAUGGGCGGAGGGGGUAGAGCAGGGCAAAGGGGAAGGGGAGGGAGAUGGGGGGAAAGAAAUUUCGCCAGGAGGGAAGGAGCGGGAGGGCGGGGAGGCAGGGAUAUGCAGUGAGAGGGAGGAAGGAGGGGUUGAGAGAGGUGGAGAGGGUGAGGAGGAGAGGAAGCAGAUGGUUGCAGGGAACGACAAGGAGAGGGGCAAAGGGGAUCUGGGAGUAGGGGAGAAGGGAGGGAGUGAGGGGAGGGGGGACGGUGCGAAAGCUGGAGAGAAGGAAAGCAAGGACGGGGGAGCGAGGAGCAGUGGUGGUGAGAUAGGUGGGGUUGGUGGUGCUGUUGGUGGCGGUGCACAUGGAGGGGAGGAGGGGAAGGGGGAGAGGGGCAGUCAAGGGACAAAGGAUAAUGAGGAGAAGCGAAGUAAGAAGAAGAGGAAGAGAGAGGAGGGGGACCAUGGGCGGGAGGAUAGGAAGAGCAGUGGGAAGAAAUCAAAAGAGGAGAGCGACAAGGAGAAGGAUAAGGAUAAGGGUAGGGAUAAAGGUAAGGAGAAGGAGAAGGAGAGGGAUAAGGAGAAGGGUAAGCGUGAUGGGAAGAAGGAAAAGGAAGACAGUGAGAGGAAGAAGAAGAAGCGGGAGAUGCGGGAGGGGGAGACAGAGGCAGAGCACAAGGAGAGGAAGCGGCGAAGGAAGGAGGAGAAGAAGCUAAAGAAGAAGAGAGAGAAGGAGGAGAGGAGGAAGGGGGAGGCAGCGGAUGGGAAGAAGAAGAAGCGAGACGGGACGGGCAGUAGCGGUGGUGAGAGGGAGAGGGAGAAGGGAGAGAGGUCGGUGCGAGCAGAGGCGGAUGGUGCAGGGGUGGAAGGGGAAGCAGGUAGCUUGCAGGGGGAUGCAGUGGGUGGUGUAGGCACGCAGCAGGGCAGGCAGCAGGGCACGCAAGGCAGCACCCAGGAAAGCACCCCUGGUGUACGAGAAGUGGACGAAUCAGGUGGCGAUGAGAGUGGUGGGGAGGAGAGGGAAGGGGGUGGUGGUGAUGGGGAUGGGCAUGCGGAUGGGGAUGGGGAUGGGGAUGGGAAUGGGGGAGCAACAGCGACACUUGGAUCCAUCAUCCAGCCCCCGGCAGUCUCCACCCCAUCACCAGCCACCAGCCGAGUCAUUCGCAGCGCGUGUGGCAUCUCCUUGCUAGCAAGACAUUUUGAGACAUCUGCGCGGAGCGGCGGAAUGGAUCCCAUGGCGUACGCGGACGAUCUCGUGCGCGAGCUGCUGGUUUUCCGCGGAUUCGCGCACACGCUAGCGGCAUUCGAGGCGGAACUUGCGGCGGACAAGCUGCAACCGCCCCAGGCGCAGCGCGUGGUGCAUCACAUCAUGCGCGAGCUCAUCCCCGCGCUGGACUGGCGCGCGCUCGCGCGCCUCUUCCUGGUGCUCCGCCAGCGCUUCCUGGCGCGCGCGGACGGCGCGAGCUGCGCGGCGCUGGAGGAGCUGGAGAUGGGCGUGCAGCGGCUGUUCAUGGUGACCGCCAUGCGCGCGGGCAGGCGCGCGGAGGUGGUGCGCGUGCUAGAGGACAUGGGGGAGAGCGUGCAGGCGCUUCUCAUGACCGCGCCCCAUGACUGGACGCUCUGGUUCGGGCCUACCCUCCUGCCUUACCUGCACCGCACUCAACCGCACUCACUCACGCAGAGCACUCAUGCCAUGCUGCCGCACUCCCUGUGCUUGCCUGGCGCACACCUCCUCCCAUUCACCCCUUCCUUUUCACCACUCCCUCUCACACCGUUUCCUUGCGCAUACCGCCCCGUCCCUCCUCCAAGCCCCCCUCCCUCCCUCGCACCCCAUGCCCCUCUCGUCCCUCUCCCUCACCCCAUGCCUCUCUCCCCCCUCCCCCCAACCAGCGGCGCUGUACAUGCGGCAUCCGGAGCAGCACCCAGUGCUGGUGGCUCGUCGAGGCCACAGCAGCCGGCGCUGCUGCGCUUCUGUGAGGAGCAGCGGCGAGCGCACCACCUGUUGGCAACCAACGACCACGCUCAGCGCCAGAUCGCGCGCCUGCGCCUGCUGCUGCGCGCACGGGACAAAGACCUUUCCCUGCUCCGCCAGUUAGCCGCCCAUCCCUCUCUCCCCUUGCGCUCCCCGUCGUCGACGACUCCUCUCCUCCACCAUCCCCUUUUCUUCCCCUCCCCUUCUCGGACCCCUCUGCUCUUUCUUCCACCUCGCUCCCUCCCCUCUCCUCCCUCUCCGUCCCGUCUUGAUCCCCUCUCCCUUUCCUUUCCAUCCCCUUUCCGUUUCCUGCUGUCUGUUACAAAGCUCCAAACCCUGGCACCGGAUGAAGACCCUCUCUUUCCCACUGCACCCUUCUCCACCUAUCUACACCACCACCCCUCCCAUGCCCCCUCCGCCUCUGCCGCCCCUCCAACCCUCCACACGUCUCCUCCCCCUACAUUCCCCCCAUCACCGGUCCCUUUGCCUGUGCAAUCUCCCUUGUUGCCAGAAGCAGCAGCAGCAGCAUUAUCAGCAGCAGCAGAAUGUGCAGCAGAGGGGGGGAGGGGAGAGGCAGGCAAGGAGCGAUCAGAAGCAAGGGGAGCAGCAGGCGGGGACGUGGACGGGGGGAGGGAUAAAUGGGUGGGUGGGGAAGCUGGGGCGUGGGGGGGAACAGGAGAGUAUACAGCAGCAGGUGAGAAGGUAGGGCGUGGUGAGGCUCCUUCAGCUUUUCACACUCCUGCUCCUGCUUUUGACACUACAAGUGCUGCUGAUGCUACAGCUGCUGAUGCGGGUGCUAACACAGGGCAGCUUCCAACCCAUGGUGAUGGUGAUGCAACAACUGCCGCUCCUCCGGCUGAUACAACUGCUACCGCUGCGACAGCGGCUGUGGGGGGGACGGGCGUGGUGGGUAUGGUGGAGGGGUGGUUUGGGCGGAGGCAGGGGUGGGGGAAGGCCAAGAAUGGGGGUCCUGGGGCACAGCAGCAGGGUGGUAGCGCGAGCAUGGUGAGCGAUGCCAGUGGUUCCGCUAGCCAUGCUGCCUCAUCCACUCCUGCUCCACUGCUUGCCCCUGCAACUGCUGCUGCUGCUGCUGUGGCGCCUGGAGCAGGUGAGCAUGGGGAGAGUGGCAGCAGCGGUGGCAGCAGAAGGAGUGGCAGCAGCGGCAGUGGCACGAGUGGGAGUAAUGCCGGGAGCAGAGCAGUGGCGGUGCAAGCGAUGGUGGGCGGAGGCAGCAUGUCGCUCGUUGCCCUUUCUCGCGAGAUUAAGAAUGCCAGACAGGCUAACCUUUCAACCCCAGGCACCGCCAGUUCUGCUGGCGGUCAGGGCAGCAGCAGCAGCAGUGGCAGUGGCAGUGGCAGUGGCAGUGGCAGUGGCAGUGGCAGUGGCAGUGGCAGUGCAGCAGCGGGUGGGGCGCGGAGGGGGGAGAAGGAAGCGGGUGGUGGUGCGGAGAGGGAUGGGGGGAAGGCGGAAGAGAGGGAGGCACAGGGGGGUUUAGAAGCGGUGUUGGGGGAGAGAGUGGGGGGUGGAGGGCCGGGGGUGGUGUGGGUGGGGGGGCUUGUGACGCAAGGCGCGGAGGCAGGUGGUAAGGUGGGGAUAGAGGCGGAGCGAGGGGUGCAAGCUGGGAGAGCGGAAGGGGGAACGGCUGGGGAAGGGGUAGGAGAGGGCGGGGAAAGGCGUGGUGCAGUGGAAGGGAGAGGCGAGGCAGGUAGCAGGGCGUUACACUCUGAGAACGGUGUGAGUGGACGGGAUGACGUGAGGCCGGAGAUCUCAGAGGGAGCAGCGGAGGGGCGGGGGGUUGCCGGCGUGGUGGUGCGGGGGCAGAGGGAUGCAGCGAUUCUGGGGGAUGCCCCCGUGCAGGCUCUUGAAUGGGACGCCAAGUCCGACCGCCUGCUGCUGGCAGGGCUAGCAGACGGGCAUGUGAAGCUGUGGAACGCGCACUCCAAGCACAUGCUCUCAGACGCCCUGCACCCACAGCCCUACACCAGACUGCUAGACAUUCGUUCCAGCCCAUCAGAGCAUCUUUUCGCAUGUGCUGCAGCAGCCUUCGACCACCCGCACCACUCUCCACCCCUCACAUCAUCUCUCCAACCCACUCCCCCGCGUGCGUCAUCGGCCCGUCAACCACUCCCCCCACCUGCACCUUAUGGAUGCAUAUCCCUCUGGAGCCUCCGCACCAUGUCGCUCCAGGGCUAUCUCCCACUGGGAGAAUCACCCCCACUCAUCACAUCUAUCUGCCUUAACCACAACGGAAGAAUGCUCGCUGCUGCUGCUGCUGACGGCACACUCAGACUCUUCGACGUGAAUGCGGCAUCGCAGAUCGCCUGCUGGCCUGUCACCCUGCCAGGCACCUCCCCCUCCUCCUCUGCGCACCCCCUCUCCCCCGCGGUCUGUGUGCGCUUCCUCUGGGACCACUCCUCGCUCUUCUCGCUCUCUGCUUCAGGCCAGAUAACGGAGUGGAGUCUGCACCAGCAGGGCCAGCUGUUGCGUCACUUCGAUGCAUCCAGUUACUGCAUGCACCCACCAGGCAACACAGGGCCAGUCCCAUUCACCCAUGGCUCUGGGGGCUCUGACUCCCACUCGCACUCUGAGACCCAGUCCCAAGCGCUGUCCCCACGCGUGCCGCUGCUCUCAGCGCGCUCGCUCCUGCUGCCGCACGAGCUGGCCAUUGACUCGCAGGGAUCGCACCUCCUCACCACCUCCUCCUCCCACUCACCCCAGCUCCUCGAUCUACGUCUCUCUCAACCAGCGUGGCACGGGGCGGCCACGCAUGCAGCGCCCGUCACCACAGUCGACUGGCACCCCACGGCUCAUGCCUUUGCUUCGGGCUCUGCAGAUCACACCGUGCGAGUCGUCUCCCUCUCAUGA